AGGAAACUUGAUUUGACAUGAAAGAAUAAACUAAUUACAAAUCUGACAAAAUCAAAUUAUACUCGUCGAAAACUGUUUUGUAAGCGACUUUUGAAAUUUUUUAAGCCCCAAAGGUAUUUUAAUGCAUCAUGGAGAUUGCUCAGAAUUUUAUGGGUCCUUUAGCGACGGACACAAUGACCAGAAUAAACGAGAAUGGCAAUGUCGUGGGGACGAUUAUCGUGAACUGUGAAGGGUUUCCGGAGACCACUACUCUGGACAGUUUGACAGCGGCCACCUAUUCCACUCAUAUGAGAAAUUUAUCGCAUCACGCAACGAAUGCUCUUAAAGAAAUUGACGUGACGGAUGAGUUGAUGGUUUUGCGUCUGGUCUCCAAGAAGACGGAAGCAGUCGUCGCACCAGAUCAUGAAUUUCAUUUAAUUGUGGUUAUGAGGAAGACAUGAUAUUAUUUUAUUUUAAAGAAAUAUAAAUAUGCCAUACAUUUGAAUUUGUAAAGUCAUACUGUUCUCUGUCUGCAGUUCAACUUAUAUUGGCAUUGAUUGUUUAAAAUUUUGUUAAUGUAAAAAACGUAGUGUGAAAUAUAAUAAAUAAUACGGAAUAUUUGGAUCUUGUUGAAAUAAUUAUACCCAGUGUGUCGACACUCCGACACACUGGGUAUAAAUCUCGUCGACAGAAUUUUAUAAGUUAUAGUAAUCAGUACAGAUCCUAUUAUCACUAACAAGACCGUGUGAGCGUUAUCGAGAGAUAAUAAUAUCUUUUAAUGAUGUAGGCAAUCUAGUUAAAUAUU